AUAGCUUAUUGACUACGGAGUACUCCGUAUUUCAGUAAGCAAUUCGGAGCGUUUGAUUAGCAAUUGUCUGAAAGAGAUUUUUGGUUCCGAAACGCGAGUAUAUAGCGACCAGGAAAUAGGGAAGAAGGAAAUGAUCACUCGCUCCUACGAAUUUACUAAGCUGGUAGAGAUUCAGAGAGUCAGAGAUAUUUCUUGGUGUGACCGUGAUUGUGUAAUCUUCUUCGGAUUCAGUUCAAGCAUUUGUGCCGUUAUAUUACCAUGUCUGCACCAAACAAGAGAAGAGAUACGGAUUUUUACAAACUAUUGAUGAGUGAUUUCAUUGUGGAGACAAUAGAUGAUUCAACUAAUCAAUUCAAUGUGGUGUUCCAUGGUCCAAAAGAAAGUCCUUAUGAGGGAGGGGUUUGGAAAAUCCAGGUUAAACUUCCGGAUUCUUAUCCUUACAAGCGGCCUUCUAUUAAGUUCUUGAACAAAAUUCUCCAUCCAAAUAUUGAUGAGAGCUCAGGCGCUGUUUGCAUGAAUGUAAUCAACGAGACAUGGAACUCUGCGUUUGAUCUUGCGAAUGUCUUUGAGACGUUUCUUCCCCUGCUUCUGCUUUACCCAAAUCCUUCAGAUCCCUUCAAUGUUGAUGCUGCUGUCCAAAUGCUGAGGGACAAAGAGCAAUAUGAAAAAAGAGUUAAAGAAUACUGUGAACAAUAUGCCAAGAGGGAGAAUAUUUUGGGCCCUCCUGUUGAAGGAAGAAACACCAGUGAAGACAGUGACGGGAAAGCUACAUCAAGUGAUGAUGAGACUGCAGAACCGUGAAAGGCGGUGACACUUCAUACUGUUAUCUUUUACCUUAACGAACUUACUUGGUUGGUACCACUAUCACUAUGAGAGGAUUAUGCUUGCCAUUUUUGAAACAUUAAUUCUAGCUCUUUUGGUCUGAGAUAAGUGAUGCUGUUUAAUUCUUCAGAAAUCCCGAAAACAAAUUGGCUAAUUUCUGAUUUUCGUAAGAGGAGAUGAGAUGAGGACUAAAAUGAGACUUUCCUGUUAUAUCUUGCAAAUUUUGUUCGAGCUUUUUUCAUCAUUUUUUUGCUACCUUGUUGCACAGCAAUUGUUGAAAUCAGUUGUCUAGGGUUGUAUAAUUCGUGCCAAAGGCUCGAAUGGAUUAGAUAAUACUCUGUAGUAAGCAGGAAGUGUUGUGUAAAUAUUACAGUAGCUUUCAUUAGUUGUAUAUAUCUCUUCUUCAUUUA